AUGAAGAAGUCUCGGCUUAUUGUGGCACCUGCCAUUAAUUGGCUUGUUGCUACGCUCUAUGAUGCGGCCAUGUUCGGUUACUCCACUGAGAAGGCUGAGCAGGUAGGCUACAAGAGGGAGCUCGAUGCUGCCGAUCUUGCCAUGCGAGAGAUGCAUCGGAGGGGAAUCGUGAUCCUCCCAGGGGGUGACUACGGAUUUGCCUGGACACCACACGGCACUUACGCGCGUGACCUCGCUCAUUUCGUGGAGCGUUUUGGCUUCACACCGCAUGAGUCUAUCAUUGCAGCAACCUAUGGUAUGGCUAAGUUGUUCAUGCGCUCCCACGAAAUGGGUCAGAUCAAAGUUGGCAACUACGCAGACUGCCUAGUGGUCGAUGGAAACCCACUGAAGGAUAUAACUAUACUGCAGGAUCACGAUCUUCUUCAUGUCAUAAUAAUCAAUGGGAGGGUCCAUAAGGCAGAAGUUAAAGAGUACGUCAUUCCCACGCAGGAUUUGACUGGCAUUCAUUCUAUAACGAAUGAAAUGGUUCAGAUGCAAGUACAACGCCCUAUUGUUUCUUAA